AACAGAGGGCAUUCGCAGAAUUAGAGGUUAAACCAAAAUACAAGUUCUUAUUGAUUGAACCUCGAACUCUUUGACAACACUGUAUUCAACGCUGCGUUAGACGUUGUAUUUUUAACAGAAUAGAAGCGCCUCACGACAACUUCGCCUUCAACCUUCCAUGAUGUAAUACCAAUUGAGGCAUGGGCAUGCAGUUUCGAAAAAUUAUAAUAAUGAGAUUAUAAAGCUUUAUAUAUUUUAUAAUAAUGAAAUACAUCACUAACAGAGUGAAGGAACCUACAUGCUAAACCUCUUUGAAACGCACAUUUUGAAACAUUCUAUCCGUCAUUUUAAAUAGUGUAUGACACUAUCCAAAAUGACGUAAAAGUAUUCCUCAACUUAUCUGUCACAGCGAAAUGGCGCUUCUAUUAAAACAAUACACCAGUUCUGCGAUCCCAAGGGUUUACCACGUCAGAAACGUUUACGGGACAUGUAGAGUCGGCUGCCGCGAUGUCGUGGGACAUGGUGUUAACGGUAUGGCAAAUUAUAAAGACGAUGCCCAUUUCCCAUUCCCUGCUGUAAGAUUCAAAGAAAACACUAGAGAUAUCUGUGCGUUGCGAGAGAAAGAGAAAGGCGACUGGAAGAUGCUAUGCUGCGAGGAAAAGAAGGCGCUGUACCGUGCAUCGUUCUGCCAGACGUUCGCAGAAUUUCAGCACCCCACGGGCACGUGGAAAUUUGUCAUUGGGGGUGUUUUCUUUAUGACUUCUUUUACCUUCUGGAUAGCGAUGUUCUACCACUAUUAUGUUGCGGAACCAUAUCCGAUUUCAUUAUCGGAGGAAAGUCGUAGAGCACAGCUUCGAAGGAUGCUGGAGAUCAGGGCCAAUCCUAUAACCGGAAUAUCCUCUAAAUGGGACUACGAUAAUGACCGAUGGAAGGAACAGGACAGAGCAAAGAAGCGAGACACAAUAUCAACAGCAAAUCCACCACUGGACUCUCGCUAUCGUCGCGUUUACAAUCCUGAUGAAACGGCAUAUGUGGAAGACUACCCGUUCAUGGCUGCAUUACUUGUCAACAAGGAACUGUGGUGUGGAGCCGUCAUCAUAGAUACUGACGCAGUGCUCACAGCAGCACACUGCCUGCAGCUACAGUACAACAACCGCUUCUUCAGAGAAUACGUGAAAAUGCUAACAGUAAGAGUAGGCUCCGACAACGCUACUGCCGGCGGAGAGCAGCUGCGCGUCACCGAGAUAUUCUUCCACCCAAACUACAAGCCUCAAACCCUGGAAUUCAACUUUGCAGUGGUGAAGCACGACGCCGGAGGUCCAGCUAUAAUGGAUGGCGUGCUUGUUGGCAUCUUAUCAUUUUCCUCGAAGAGGUGCGACAAACCUGAUCAGCCGGCGGUGUUUUCCACAAUUGGAGUUAUAGCACCUUGGCUCGAAAGACUCGAAGAAAACAUUGUGCAAUUACGGUAA